GUUUACAACGUUACGCAGAUACUUGAAAAAUAACCUGGGUUGUACUACAGGUAUCUCAACUGUGCUUGUGGAUCUCAACGUUGAGACGUCACAGCCCAACGUUGAGAAAUAUAUCUCAACGACCAGCAGUGGUUUAGGGUUUCGGGUUUAGGAUUUGGGGUUUAGGGUCGUCGGGCAGGGCAGCCGCCGCCGGUCGGCCGGCCGGCGGCGGCUGCCCUGCCCGACGACUCUCUCCUCGCUCUCCUGCGCUAUUGUUGCCCGGCCCGUUGUGUGUGCCCCUUUGGCUUGUGUGCCCUGACUGUGUCUCACUAUGCGCGCUGCCUUCGCGCGUUUUUCUAACUAUCUACGAGCCCGCUCGCCGGCACUCGUGUUGGCAGGACCUCUGAGACGUUUGCUGCCGGGGCUUGAUGCGCACCCUCACGCCACGCAGUUCUUCUGUGCGCAGACCGUUGAGACCAGUCGUUGAGCUCUUCGCGAAUCCGUUGAGGCGUCUCAAAGCGUUGGGGUGCAACCGUUGAGAUUCACUCGCUGGGAUUCCUGUAUAACGACCAAAAACCUUCGUAAGACCUGGCAGGGAGUUUUGUACUCAUCUGGGCAGACUCCGACUCGUCUUCUGGGCCAAAAACCUCAUUUCCCGUAAGUCCUGGAAGAAGAGCGCUGCUAGCGAAAAUUCAGAACAAUGGGUAGUGUUUGCGAGUUAUAUAAAAAUAUACUUACUUGAGACAGUUUGCGCAGCGUUUAGAAAGUGCUCUCAUUGUUGUAACUCUUUCAAAGUUCCAGCUUUUUGGGUAGCUUGAUAACAGCCACGAAGAAGACGGAAAAAUACCUACGAAGAGCAUUUGCGAUCACUAAAACUCGCGCAGACAUCGACUUCGAUCGGAGACUUAGAUAGAGAGCCAAAAUAUAGAGAUGUAUAUCUAUGCUGCCCCUCCAUGCCGGGAAGGGCGUAAUAUGCGAUGGUGGUAGAAGAAGAUGAUGGCAUGACUCGCAACCCUCAGCACUCCAAACGUCUUUUUAGUACUAUUAAAUAAUGAAAUGAGUCGGCGCACUUUUCUUG